AACAGAUACUUGAUUAGAUUAUGAAUCUUAGAUUGGCCAUUACUGAACAGUCGACAUUCUUUACAAGAUGAUGGAAUGGUGUAGAAUAGACGAACCUUGACUGUUUUUGAUAGAUUUUAGGAAUAACGUAUAUUGUGUAUUGAACAUCUUACGAUUCAUGUCCAUUUCUUUUCUCUGUCCAAAAAAAUAGAAAAGAAGAUCUUAGGGAGAGUAACUUAACACAUAACCAUACUAGACCUGAGCAGGAAUGCAUAUCUUAUGUUUUAAAGAUUUCAUCAAACAGUUUUAUCUUUUUGUGUUAGUGUUUAUAACUUGAGAAGAUGAUUUGUGUAACAUUAGCAUAAUGUUGUAGCAUAUAUUUCUUAUAAAUAAACCGCUACAGGUGUGGUAUUGCAUAUGUUAAUUGACACACUUUAUUUUAUGUUUACUGCAUUGCAUUCUUAGUUGACUUCAGUUGAUUCGAUUCGCGUAGCUCAUAAUUUCAUUAUGUUUUUAUAUUUGGUUUGUAAAUUGAUCAUGUGCUACGGGGCCGGUCUACGAUCCAUUUAUAAAUACCCAAAAUAAAGUUUGUUUAAUCUCAGUCAUGGCCAAAAGUCUCUGAAUCUGUUCAACGUAGUUCGGCACGUAUCUCUAGGUUCAUCACACUGAGAUUCAGUGACCUCGUUGUUCGUGUCAUCUGCUUUCACCGACCACGUUCAUGCAUCCAGUCUCCCCUCCAUUUCUCAGUUCUUUCCAUCUGUCACUAUCGUCCACAACCAUUCCACAAAUAUCAUAUCCCGACCAGAAAACUAUUAUAUAACGACCGCCAAACCAGAACCCAUGUUCAUGGGCGUGAUCAUGUUACUUGAGAAACAGAUUUCACAAGAUAAUGUUUUAAUUAAUUAGAACAUUUCAGAUAAAAUAUGCAUUUAUUAAACAUAUCAGACCAAAAAUCUACCAAUAAUUAGAGUAUGCUUAAGUUUAUUAAUUAAUUUUAAUUACGGCCUGACUACAUAUGUACAAGUUAAUCAUAAUAAUAAUAAAUUGUUUGUAUAAAAAGCCACGGUUUCUGUUAUCAAGUUUUCGAUAAAUUAGAAGCGGCUUUGAAGAAAAACAUGCACUAUCAAGAACAGAUGGAGUCUCUUAUCUUAGGUGAAGAACGCAGACGCGGAAAUUGCGUUAGGGAUGCAGACGCAGAUGAAGGUUUUAUAACUCCAUCUUCUUUUCCAAACUCUCCUGACGAUUUGGACCGUCGUGGUUCAUCUUCUUUAAGGAGAGGGCUGUCCAAACAUUACAAAGGUAAAUCACAGUCAUUCACUUCGUUGUCGGAAGCGCUUACCGUAGAGGAUCUCGCGAAGCCCGAGAAUCCUUUCAACGCAAAGCUGAAGCAGCGACGGGAGAACCCUCACUGCCGACGGUUCUCCGGAUGUGGCGGCGCAUCAGAGCGAAACUUUGGCGGCCACGACGAUUUCCUCACCCGAGAUGACAGGCCGCCGCGACUUUCUGGUAACAGACCGCCUAGAGCCCAGACGCUCUCGGCUGCUCAUUUAUCGUCUUUGGUUACUCGAAGCUAAACCAAAACUUUUUUUAGAUUAUUCUCUCUAAAGGAACUAGGUUUCGUUUGGGACGAUGUUUCUUGUAGCUUACGUUGUCUAAGUUGUAUGUGAAUGUAUACAUUAUAAGUAUUUUCAUAUUUUGACUCUUUUGAUCGUAUUGUAAUUUUCUCUUUAUUUUAGAUUAGUUGCCUACACUAAUC